ACUUGGUAAAGCGGCAGUGGUUCAUUCCUUUGUAGACUGUGAGGUUUGGUUUUCCCCGAAAAGCAAGCGACAACAUGGGCAGCAACAAUUCUGUUAAUAUUAAUGGCCAUGGCAACCACAUUAGCUCCUUUUCAAGAGCUCGAAGGGCUGGGUCUACGUCUACCUGUGUGAGCUACAGCGACUCUGUGAAGGAAUUUGAAGUAGGGGACUUAGUGGAGGUUACACUAUUCGUGCCUGAAAGAGGUCGCGGGUUGAACAUUGGCUUCCUGGCUGGCAUCGACAAACGGGAAGACGAUAUUGCCCUGCUCAUCUCGGCAGAUUUCUUCACUAAGCAGUUGAACUUCUAUGCAAGGAAGGGGCAAAGAUGGGACACGCUGCAAACCUCGGAGAAGUUUCCCUUCGAGCAAGGAGGAAAGGGCGUCAUCCAGAUCAAGUACAUGGGAUCUCACAAUCAGGUGUCUGUAAACGGCCAAGAAAUCGCCAACCUCAAGCAUCGCGUUGACCCCAACUCCGUACAAACUAUCUUCGUCGAGUCUGAUGUACGCGUCGAGAGAAUUGAUUACAGGCCCUUUAAAGAACGUCAGUAAAACGGUGACAAGGACGAAACAAGAUCAGAAAGAGAUGUGGAAUAGGCAGGACAAGGAGCCCAUGACUGCCAUGGAGGAGCAGGAGAUUUAGGAAUGCACAUUAAUUUCUUAACAUUAGACUUGAUGCAGACGUUAAUUUGGUACCCAUUUUAAAACGUUCAGUGUACUAUGUUUGUAUUAAAAUUAGACCUUGCCUAUUUGUUCUUGGUUGUUGAUAUUUUUCACUUCAUCGUCUAAGUUUUUCCUUCUAAUACGGGCGUUUCAUAAUAUUGCGCCUCCAAGAGUUUGCAACGCGUUGACCAAUCACAAUGCGUGAAA